AUGACCAUCAAAGCUGGCAUGUGGGAAGUUAAUGAUCAAGUAUUACAAGUUAGAAAUUGGGUUUCAAACUUCACACCAUCAUCACAACGUACAUCUAAAUCUCAAGUUUGGGUUAGGUUACCUGGUUUAGGGUUGGAAUUUUGGAAGGAGGAAAUUCUCUUCAAAAUAUGUAAGGAAAUCGGAACUCCUAUUAAAAUUGAUACUGCUACUGCAAAUUGUGAAGUUGGUUAUUAUGCUAAUGUUCUAGUUGAGAUAGAUUUUGCUCAUUCUAUUCCUAACAAAAUCUGGAUUGGUACAAAGUUUGGAGGAUUUUUUCAGGAUAUUUCAAUUCUUUUAUGUCCUAAAUUUUGUCAUAACUGCAAAAUCAUUGGUCACUUAACUACUGAAUGUAGAGUUGAGCAGUAUAAAACUAAAGUGGACAAUGCAGGUGGAGAGAAUAAGCAAUUUACUACACCAGAAAAGCAGCAACAAAUUCCAUUUGAUAUUUGUGAUGUAUCAGAAAGAGCAGGUGAGGAUUUUGUAGUUAAUACUAUUCAUGAAACACAAGUUAUCAAGUUAUCUACAGGAAACAAUAUACUCCAGAAAGGCAAAUUCAGUCUUCUUGAAUGUGAAAAAGGAGAAAUAGAUAAUGAAGCUGUCAUUAAAGAAGUUCCAAAUGUUUCAACACCAAAGAAAGCAAACAGUUUAGAAAGUACCACUAUCAAGUAUGUAGAUGGAAAAACUAGUCAAGUAUCCAAUGAAGCUGUUAAAGUGACCCCUUGGUCUAAAAUAGUUGAAAAGGAAAUGGUAUCUAAUGCAACAUCAUCAUCAAAUGCUACAAGUCCAACUGAUCCAGUAAAGGUAACUAAACAAUUUCAAGCAAAUAACAAGUAUAAUUUCAGGAAAAAUCAAGGAAAAGAAGGCACUAAAAAUCCUCCUCCUCCUAUCAAAUGA